CUCUUUCUCUUCCUUGAAUUCAAAACCCAAAAACCCAAACCCAAAACCUUCCCAAUUUCUCUGUCUCAGCCGUGGCGGCCCAACCGCCGCCGCCCCUGGGUGCUCUGCUCAACUGUCAUCGCAAACAAGUGGUGCUUGGUGCCAUUGGGACUUCCUUGUCCAACUGUCCCUCUGAAACCAAUCUCCAUCUGACAGUUCCUGGGCUCAAUUCCAUAUUAAAGCCAGAGGCAAGGUUAGGGAUGUUUAUGACAGUGGGGUAUAAUCUCUUGUUAUGGUCACCACUUAUCGGCCGAGUGCAUUCCAUAGAAUUCUUUCUUCCAGUCCCUUCAAAGGCCAGGUCUGUAAUGAAACUAGUUUAUGGUGGUUUGACAAAACUCCACAUAUAACAUCAAAUGCAGUUGUUUCGGUCCCAAAUGCAAAUGUAACAAUUGCGAAGAAAUGUUCUGUUUUUCCAGUGGAGUUUAGGGUCCGAGGUUUUGUGACCGGAAGUACUGAUACAUCAUCAUGGACGGUCUAUGGAAAUGGCAUCCGAAAUUAUUGUGGCAAUGUACUUCCAGACGGCUUGGUAAAAAGCCAAAAAUUUCCUGCAAAUAUACUCACACCAACAACUAAGGCUGCUGGUCAUGACGUUCCUGUUACUCCAGAUGAGAUUAUUGAACGCAGACUGAUAAGUGAAGCUGAUUAUGAUGAAGUAAGUCAGAAAGCAUUGAGCUUGUUCGAGUAUGGACAUGUAAUUUGCUUUUUCUUGAGAUCUUAAGUUAGGCUUCUGAAAAUGUAGUUACCGGAAAACAUAAUGGGACUACCUCUUUAAAAACAUCAAUAUCUGAAUGAAAUCAUAGUCUUGCUAUCUAGCAAACACAUGGAAUAGAAUAAAGGCUAGAUGAGGAGAAGAAGAUGAAGCAUGAACAACACAUCUUUUGAUUAGUUUCUAACUUUCUAUAGUCUUUUCCAUAAAUUUUCUUCUGUUUGUUUUUCCU